AUGAAGGCGAUCGAUCUGCCCAGUCUGGGCAUCACCAAUUCUCGUCUCCGUCGUGGUGUGACGGGGAGCAUCUUGGUCUCCAUUCCGGGGAAGGACUCGGCUGGCAAGGCGGAUGCUCUGUCGGGCGAGCUUCGCAGGUUGUUUUCACCCGAAGGCAAGGUUAGGGUUGGCCGUCCCUGUCGUACGGAGGAGAUACGGGUCCGUGGCGUGCUGGCCUAUAUAAGGAGGGAAGACAUCUUGGUGUCGGUGGCUGAGGCUGGUGGAUGCAGUGUCGCCGACCUCAAGGCGGGGGAGAUACGUGUAUCUCCCAAAUCAAACAUCGGGUCUCUCUGGAUCCGGUGCCCUGCUGGAGCUGCGCGCAAAUUGGGCGCUUCAGGUAGUGUUCGCAUGGGGUGGACGAGGCUGACGGUUACCCCGUUGGCCCGUCGCCCAUGCAGUGUUUCAGAUGCCACGCCUUUGGACACUCGUCUAACAGGUGUGGCUCUGAGGUGUUCGUAG